CUCCCGGAGCGACCACUGGACUCGGGGGCGGGGCCUGGGCACAAGAUGGCCGCUGCGCGCCCGGAGUCCCCGAGUCCGAGGUCAGCGGCCCCGGAGCCGAGAUCCCCGGAGCCUCCGGACCUGGUCCUGGUGCCUGACGACAGCCGCCCGGCCACUCCCCCGAGUGACCUCAUCGAGAUCCAGGUGGUGAAGGUGACGGACACCACGCUGGUACCUGAGCCCCCGGAGCCAGGUUCUCUCCACUGUGCCUUGUGCCCAGCUGUCUUCCGGCUGGUCUCCGAGCUGCUGUUCCACGAACACGGCCACCUGGCGGGGGCUGAGGGUGGUGGGCAGGGUGGGGACCCAAGCCGGUGUCAUGUGUGUGGCCACAGCUGUCCAGGCCCCGCCAGCCUCCGUGCCCACUACAGCCUGCACACGGGGGAGCGGCCCUACCGCUGCCCGCUCUGCCCCCGGGCCUUCAAGGCCCUGGCACCUCUGCUUCGGCACCAGCACCGACAUGGGGUGGAGCCGGGGACCUCUCAAAGGCCUCCGGAGGCGGCGGCGGCUCAAGAACAGCGGCCCGGGGUGCCCCAGGAGAGGUCGGAGGUGGUGAUGGCAGCGGCGGCCGCAGGCGCGGCGGUGGGGAAGCCUUUCGCCUGCAGGUUCUGCGCCAAGCCGUUCCGCCGCUCCUCAGACAUGCGAGACCACGAGCGGGUGCACACGGGCGAGCGGCCCUACCACUGCAGCGUGUGCGGCAAGGGCUUCACCCAGUCCUCGGUGCUCAGCGGCCACGCCCGCAUCCACACUGGCGAGCGCCCCUUCCGCUGCGCCCUCUGCGAUCGCACUUUCAACAACUCCUCCAACUUCCGAAAGCAUCAGCGCACCCACUUCCACGGGCCGGGACCGGGGUUGGGAGACUCUGGAAGCCAGCUGGCAUCGGGGGCCGAGGGGUCAGGGAGUGGGUGUGGGGCAGGAAACACUCUGGAAGAGGGACGUGGGGAGACCACCAAAGUGAAGGUGGAGAUCGACCAGUAGUCUGGGAGAACAGGAACGUGGGAGGUAGGCAGAAGGUUGCAGGGGAGGGGUGGGUGGGAAACGGAGGCAGGGAAGGAAGGGGAGAGGUGACAUAAGAGCCCACGGAGAUGGCAACAAGCGGCCAGUGUGGGCAAGCAGAGGGAGAAGCGGACUCAGGACGCUCACAAACCACACAGCACCUGCACGAGAUUCAGAGGAAGGCACAGAGGCAGCCCUGUGGAUGCCCAGCGAAAUGCAAGGAACACGGGCUCGAUUUCAUUGCCCCAUUUGCCCCCCUGACGGGUUGUCCUUGCGCAAGACACAGCUUGCGGCAGCAGAGCUGAGCACUGCAGAGGGGGGAUUAGGAUGGAACCUUUUGCCUACCUCACUGGAUUGCACUGACCAUGGGAUGCCUACCCAUCCUCAGGCAGAAGAUGCCCACCGGGUCCUCCAUAAAGAGACUGGGACCCCAUCACCUCAAAGCCAGAGGGUCCCCAAGUCAUAGCCAAGAGCGCUCAAGUCACAAGGUUGGAAGCCUGGCCGUAAGAAUUUUGACUGCAGGAGCUGCUAGCCCUGCUCCCAUGUGGUCCCUCCCUAAGCCACCCAGACUCCUCUUCCAAGGCAACUGAAAACCCAGACUACGAACAGUCACCUAACAUCCCCCUCCUAAAGCUUCAGGCUCAGAGCCCAUGGUCCCCCAGGUCUACAAAGUAGCCUCAAGUUUCUCUAACUACCUUCACUCCCAAUUUGAAGCAAACGGCUUACAGCCUGGUCCCAAGCUAUGCCAAGGAAUGGUUGGUGGGUGGCAGUGUGGUGGCCUGGCUGGCGUCUGGCGGGUGGGGAACAGGAGUUGGGUCACUGGGGGGUUGGGCAAAGGAGGAGCUGGAGGUGGGAAGCUUCCAGUUCUAUUCCCAUUAAAGGACUUUAUGAAGGGUUUUCUCUAUGUUGGUCUUGUGUUCCAGGGCUGGGGGUAGAAGGGCCACACCGUGGUCCUGGCCUCAGCAGUGAGUUGCAACUCUCUCCAAACCUCUGUUUCCUCAUCUUUAGAAUGGGGUGGACAGCGUCUGGCUAUUCAGAGAAGCUACGUGGUUCAGCUAUGGGAUUGGGGGUCAGGGAAGUUUGGCAAAACGAAGGGACUCCUGUGUCAGGAUACUAAAGAAGGGAGAGCCCUGGAUUUGCACCCCUUCCUGUUCACCCAACACCCCCAUGAGCUGUCCCACAGACAACUCAUAAGGGGAACAGAAUUCAGUUUUUACCAAGGAAAUGCCCACGUUUCCCAUCACUGGCAUCACCACACAAGCCAGAAGCCUUGGCAGGUUCCUUGAGUCUUUUUCAUCCUUCAUCCAUUUAUCUGACUCCCUGUCAAUUUCCCGCUGUUGAGCCAAGUAUCUUUGGAAUCCGAACGCUUCUUUUCAUCAUCACUGCUCUUGUAGACCAAGCCAACAGUGGUCUCACACGUCCACGCCCUGCCCUCUUCAUUCUCCAUACUGUGGCCACGUGGAUCCAUCCUUCCCAAACUCAGAUCCCAACCUUGUCACCAACCCACAGCUCCUUGUGGCCGUGAGAAGGGAUUCCAAAUGUGAGUGCCUACAGGAACUGUGGUGGCAAUGUAACUAAGUGAGGAAAGUGGCCGGGUUUGAGGGGAAACCCCAGGACCAGCGAGGUGAGAUAGGACCACUGACACUUGGGCUCAGCGUUGGGAUUUGACAGUGCUAGGGAAAUGGCAGCAAACUGGAGAAUAUAUGCCACGUCCAAAGAGAGCAACGGCUACUUGGCCCCGGCAGGAUGCACACUGCAUUGCUAGAUCUUCCAAAUUUUUCAGAAGUUGCAUUAGUUCGUAUUAUGUAAAAUCUCUUGAUUUUCAAAUGUUGGCAACUAAGCCUUUUUUUUUUUUUUUUUUUUUUUUAAUGUAUGGGCUAAACCAAAUGUGUCAGUGUCUUAUAUCCAGCAGCUGCCAGCUUCCAGCCCCGGGCCUACAAGAUCACCCAAGCUCCGCUAUUUGGAAUUCAUGGCCCUUCAGGAUCCAGCCUCCUACCGCCAGCCUCUCAGACCAUACCAAUCUAUUUGAAAUUCUCUGGAACAGCUGGGUUGAGUUAGACACACAAAACCCUCCACCUGGAAUUCUUUGCCCACUUUACCUGGCAAGCUCCUGUGGCUCUGUCGUCCUU